UUUUAUGGCUGACAUAAUUUUGGUUUAAAUUUCUAUACAUAUUGAGGCUUUUUAUGAGGAAUAACAUAAAAUAUAAACACGGGUAUAUUUUACAGCUAAGGUGUUUCAAAAAGUGUGCAUGUAUGUAUUAUGUAGCGAAACGAAACCUGCUAAUACAAUUUAAGGCUCUGCUGAUAAAGCAUACAAAAUAGAUGCAGCUGAUAGCAAGUGAGAGUGUGGAAUAAACCCAAAUAAUGUAAUUAAGCUAAGCAAGUGAAUAACAAGAGAUUACAUAUGUGCCUGCGUCACAAUCGGCACGAAUAUAUAGCUUAUAACAACAAUAAAUGAACAUCUGACAUUUUUAGCUGUUUUGCGAUUGGCAAUCGAUAAAUGUCGCCUCGUAUCGAUACGCGCAACUGUUGAAUUAUAAAAAAAACGUUUGUUUUCUCAGCUUUUCACAGUUUUCCUUGAGCUUCCCCUGGGAAAUGUGUCUUCUACGUUUUCUGGCUCAAGCCCGCGGCGCCUUGGGACGGCAUCUGGCGGAAGCGUCACCUGCUGUUUGGGCAGCUGCUUCCGUCGAUCCCGGAAGGAAACUGCAUCUAGUGAUUGGGAACGAAUCUUGCGACCUGGAUUCCGCCGUGUCAGCCCUAACUUUGGCCUUUGUCUACGCCCAGCGCCACCGGGAGCACGACUAUGUGCCUAUUCUAAACAUUCCUCGCCGGGAUUACCCUCUGAAAACAGAGGUGGGCUACUUGUUUGGCAAGUGUGGCAUUGCCGAGCCCGUACUGCUCUUCCGUGAUGAUAUCCCCAGGGAAGUGGCCCAGAAUGUGAACGUUAUCCUCGUGGAUCACCAUGUCAGUCCGCUUGCACCAAAUGUGACGGAGAUUUUGGAUCACAGGCCCUUAGAGGACAGUAGUGCAUCCUUUAAGAAGCUGCCACCGGGUUGUGAGCUGGACAUCGACGCCACAGUGGGUUCCUGUGCCACUCUUGUGGCCGAGCGUUAUCUGGCCGAGGAAGAACCUCGAUCCGCGGGCGUGGCCAAGCUUCUGCACGCCACUAUCGUGCUGGACACUAUCAACUUUGCCCCGGCGGCUAAGCGUUUUGGGCCAAAAGAUUUGGCCAUGGUGGAGCAGCUGGAAAGGGAGUUGAACAGUCAAAAGGAUCAAAGAACCAGCAAUUUCGAUGAGCUAGUGGCUGCAAGGGCCGACAUUAGUAAACUUACCCUCACCGAAGUGCUGCGCAAGGACAUGAAGAUCCUGCAAACCGAUCGCCAGGUCGUGCCUCUGGCUGGAAUGCCUAUCCUGGUCAGGGAUUUCGUGGAAAAGAGCGGCGCCGAAAAAGCUGUACGCGAGUUUGGCGUAGAGAGUAAUCUACUGGUUAUUCUGGGCAUGUAUGUCUCACCCGCCGACGGCCAAGUGCAGCGGGACCUGGCCUUGAUCUCCCUUUCCGGCCAGAGCCAAUUCGUGGAGCGCGUACGGCUCGCACUAGUUGAAUCCAACGAUCCUAAGCUGGAGCUGCGACCGCAUGAGGUGGACACCCGCUUUAUGGGUGGGUGCUUUCUGCGUCAACACAAUGUCCAGGCCACCAGAAAGCACAUCCUUCCCAUCGUAAAGCAAGCGCUACUCGAAUGGGAGGCGGAACAUGACUGCGAUUGCGAAGAGGUAUACUUCUUCAAGGAGAAACCCCAGCUGGGACUCUCUUAAGGCGGAACGAACGAGCAGCUUAGACAAGACUUAGCUAGAAUUUUAGUGAAACCCUUAUGUUACCAACGUUAUGCUUACACCAAAAAGGAGCAGAAAAUUAUCAUUUAAGAUAUUGUCAAACUACUUGAAAACUGUGCGGCAGUUUAUAGUUUCAAAUGUCCCUUAAAGAACCAAAAGAAAUAUUGAAGCAAUCAGUA